ACACUUGCACAGCUGGUCACACCACCCCAUCUUUCUGUGAAAAUUUACUACGAGUCGGGAAAAAGUACGAGGAGUUGGUGUAGGAAAUUAAUUUGUUAAAUUGUUUCUUCGACAAAAAGUAUAUAAAAUAUAAGAAAAAAUGUCGAUGCUUUCUGCUCGUUUGGCGUCGUCUGUCGCACGCAGCUUGCCCAAGGCUGCCACACAGGUUGCCUGCAAAGCCGCCUACCCAGCUGCCACUCUUGCUGCCCGUAAAUUCCAUGUGGCCAGCACACAGCGCAGCGCCGAGAUCUCCAACAUCUUGGAAGAGCGCAUUUUGGGAGUCGCCCCCAAGGCCGAUUUGGAAGAAACUGGCCGUGUGUUGAGCAUUGGUGAUGGUAUCGCUCGUGUCUAUGGUCUGAACAACAUCCAGGCUGAUGAGAUGGUGGAAUUCUCCUCCGGUCUUAAGGGCAUGGCCUUGAAUUUGGAACCCGACAAUGUUGGUGUUGUGGUCUUCGGUAACGAUAAGUUGAUCAAACAGGGUGAUAUUGUCAAGCGUACCGGCGCCAUUGUCGAUGUCCCAGUUGGUGAUGAACUUUUGGGCCGUGUUGUUGAUGCUCUGGGUAAUGCCAUUGAUGGUAAGGGUGCCAUCAAUACCAAGGAUCGUUUCCGUGUCGGUAUCAAGGCUCCCGGCAUUAUUCCCCGUGUCUCUGUGCGCGAGCCCAUGCAGACUGGUAUCAAGGCUGUCGAUUCUCUGGUGCCAAUUGGUCGUGGUCAGCGUGAGUUGAUCAUUGGUGACAGACAGACUGGCAAAACCGCUUUGGCUAUUGAUACCAUCAUCAACCAGAAGCGUUUCAAUGAGGGACAAGACGAAUCCAAGAAAUUGUACUGUAUCUAUGUUGCUAUUGGCCAGAAGCGUUCCACUGUUGCCCAGAUUGUGAAGCGUUUGACUGACUCCGGUGCCAUGGGUUACUCUGUCAUUGUCUCUGCCACCGCUUCUGAUGCCGCUCCCCUGCAAUACUUGGCUCCCUACUCUGGCUGCGCCAUGGGAGAAUACUUCCGCGACAAGGGCAAGCACGCUCUGAUCAUCUAUGAUGAUUUGUCCAAGCAGGCUGUGGCUUACCGUCAGAUGUCCCUGUUGCUGCGUCGUCCCCCAGGUCGUGAGGCCUACCCCGGUGAUGUGUUCUAUCUCCACUCCCGUCUGUUGGAGCGUGCCGCCAAGAUGUCCCCCGCUAUGGGUGGUGGCUCGUUGACUGCCCUGCCCGUGAUUGAAACCCAGGCCGGUGAUGUGUCCGCCUACAUUCCAACCAAUGUCAUUUCGAUCACUGACGGUCAGAUCUUCUUGGAAACCGAAUUGUUCUACAAGGGUAUUCGUCCAGCCAUUAACGUGGGUCUCUCUGUGUCCCGUGUCGGUUCCGCUGCCCAGACCAAGGCCAUGAAACAGGUGGCCGGUUCCAUGAAGUUGGAGUUGGCUCAGUACCGUGAGGUCGCUGCCUUCGCUCAGUUCGGUUCCGAUUUGGAUGCUGCCACCCAGCAGCUGUUGAACCGUGGUGUUCGUCUGACUGAACUCCUCAAGCAGGGACAGUAUGUGCCCAUGUCCAUUGAGGAUCAGGUUGCUGUCAUCUACUGCGGUGUCCGCGGUCACUUGGACAAGAUGGAUCCCGCCAAGAUCACCAAGUUCGAAAAGGAAUUCUUGCAGCACAUCAAGACCACCGAGCAGGGUCUGCUUGAUACCAUUGCCAAGGAGGGCAAAAUCUCUGAUGCUGCCGAUGCCAAGCUGAAGGAUGUUGUCACCAAAUUCAUGGCCACCUUCCAGGGUUAAGUUCUAAAUAAGCUACAGCACGUCAAUAUCAAAUCAGUAGCCACAGUCGAGAAUUAACCAUCCAAUCUCAACUGACCUUAAAGCUUAAGUUGAAAAAAAGAUAAACAAACAAAAGAUAAAACAAAAAACAUAAAAACAAAAAACCGAAAGCUCUUUUAUGCAUUCAUAUCUCUUCAUAUUCCUUUCGUCUUGCGUCCUGUGUGCCUUAGCCAUAUUAAAUGGCCAAACAUCUAUCUUGGGAGAGAGAGAGCGGCGCCAGUCAUGUGGUUGAUGCACACAGGUUACGCAACAUGUUUCGAAUUUCAGCGGAAAGCCGUCAAAAAUCCAAUUGUACUCCUUACACCUACUCCUAAUCGAGAUUGAUAAUUUGUAAUCAAUAUUUGAAAUAUUGUAAUAAUCGAAAAAUAGUCGAAAAAAUACUGUUUUAUGGAUGAUUGUGAACACGAUGAUAACUAAAUAAAAAAAAACGAUACUAUAAAUUAUAAA